AUGACAGAUACAGAGAUAAUAACUCUGUCAGAUGAUGAAGAUCAAGAAGUUCAAAUGGUUGGAGUAUUACCGAAAAAUGAUGUGUAAGUCAAAAAUAUGAAAUACAAUGAAAGUUUGUUUAAUGAUAGAAAAUUGCAGAAAUCAAGAUUACGAAUCAACUUCAGCAACAGUUUUAAUCCAAGGAGGUCAACAAUUAAAUAUAAAUGAUAUUUUGCCAAGAAGUAUUCUUGAAACAUCUCAACAAGUAAAUCAUUUGAGACCUUCAACAUCAAAAAUAGUUAAACGAGUACAAAGAAUCCCACCUCCACUUCCACAAAAUACGCGUAUAAAUCGAUUCAGAAAUAAUGUUGAUCUUGGUGUGCGAUUUCAACCAUUGGUAAAGUUUCUCAAUUUUGAUAUAUUUUAUUUAACAAAUCAAUUUCAGAAAAGACCAGUGCCUUUGGAUAGAAUCUCCUCAACUUAUCAAUUUGAAGCUUAUGAAGGAAGUCAACCAAAAAGAAGAUCAAUAAGAUGUUUAGAAGCUAAAAGAACGAAAAGUGGAAAAUUUGUUUGCACUUAUGAUAGAUAUACAUGUCAUAAAGUUGUUAAAGGAUCUGUUGAAUUUAUCAAUCACUGUUGGCAACAUGUUUUGACUGAUUCUAGAAGAAAAUCAAAUGAAUUUGUAAAAUCGAAAGGCCGAACUGAAGUCGAAUUACGCUAUGCAAAGUAAGUAUUCCACCAAAUUCAAUUCUAAUUUAUAUUCAAAAAUCUUUCAGUGGUAAUAAAAAAGUCGAUCCACCGCCUGAUUCGUUCCUCAAACAAUUAACAACAUGCCAAUAUUGUUUUGCUUCUUUCAAAACUGUUUAUUUGAAACAACAACACAUUUUGUCUUGUCAUUUGAAUGCGCACAAACCAAACUCAACUUGUUGCAAUAUUUGUGAAAGAGAUUUCAGAUCUUCAAGUCAAUUAGAAGUUCAUCUUCGAACUGAUCAUAUUGUAAAUGAUGCUCCAUAUCAAUGUAAACAAUGCAGUUAUCGAACAUCAAUUCGUUUAUUUUUUUUCGAUCAUUAUGCUGAGAAACACACAGAAGAGUUAGUUUUUUUUUAAUCAAAAUAAUUAUUACAAAACAAAAUACACGACACAAUAUCUUACCAAAAGAUGAUCAAGUUUGAAAAUUUUACUUCAACAAUGACUGAAGUUCUGAAAAAUAUGUUAUUUUUCGAAUAAAAAUGUUUCGUUCCAUCUCAUCGAAUCGAUUUCCCAGCCGAAAAAUCAUUCCUUAUCAAAUUCAAAACCUGACAGAGCAAUUUUCGAAAAAUCUUUUUGAAAUAUUCAAAUUCUCAUAAUGUUAGACGAUUUCAAGAACACAGGCAAAAACUUCUUUUUUUUGUUUAAAAAUCCCUGCCGGAGAAAAAAUAUUUUCUUACAAUUAGUUGAAAAAAUUCAGGUUUCAUGAAAAAAUUUUCGAUCUGUCAUUUUUCCGAUUUUAAAAUUCAAGACUACUAUUAAUGAAGUUUUCUCAGCCUGUUGGUCUAGUAAAAUGUAGUUUUUCAAAAAAAAUUGUAUUAUUUUAAAUUUUGGACUCCAGAAAUUUUUGAUCAACACCGCUGUAAAAACGGUCGGCAAGAGAAAAAGUGAGGUUUUUGUACAUACAUAAAAUAGGUCCCCCGAGUCUGUUUUCAAAGUUAGGGUCCCUCCUUGAAAAUUUUCCAAAGUUAAACACCUUCCUCACAUUUUUGGACAAAAUCUGGGAAUUUUGGUAAAUUAUCAGCAGAAAAUUGGCCAAAUUAGGCACCCUUCCCUUCAGAUUUUCAAAAAAGUUAAGCCCAUCACCCCGAUUCUGGGGACCCAUUUUAUGUAUGUUUUUGUAUGUGAGGAAUUUUGAAAAUUUAUCUUCAUUUUUUACUGUGGAAAUUUUACUCAGGUAUGCAAUGAAAAUUUGAAAGAACAUAUAUUUUUAACAUAUAAAGCAAAGAUCUUAUUUAAAAGUUAUUGACCAAUUUGUUAGAAAAUACUCUAAAAAUUAUAAAUUUCAGCGGAUUAGUAUGUCCAUUUUGCUGUCGACACUAUCCAUUUCGUCCAAAUCAAAGAGAAAGAGAAAUUAUGUUCACUGAUGAUUUUGUUCAACAUAUCAAAGCACAUACACGUAAGUUAUUCGAACUUUGUUUUUAUUCUUUUAAUAUUCUUUAUAGAUACUGAUCAAUAUCGUUGUUCAUCAUGUGCAUUAACGUUUUUUGAUCUAACGAAUUUGAGUCGUCAUCGUACACACGAUCAUUCUCCUCUUGGAAAUCAUCAUGUUAUUACUCAGAAAAAAGUCACCGAAAAUCAAGGAAAACCAUUAUUACCCAAAAAAAUUGAAAUUCAAUUCUUAGAAAAGAAUUAUUUCAAAACCCUUGAAGGUAUAUAGUUUCAGAGAAAAAAAUUAUACUUAUUGUCAUUCCGAAAAAAAAAGAACCUUGGAAGAGAACCAAAAUGGCCUAGGAAACCAAGACUACAGUAGACUUCGCAAAAUUUUGGAGUCUAUUUGAAAAAUAAAAUGCGAAAUUUACACGUUGGCUAUUUGCCAACCAGUUUGAUGUGCAUGUGUCACGUCAUUUUUAGUCUACUGUACGUGAGCGCCAAUUCAAACGGGGGUUCUUUUAUUUUCGGAUUGACAAUAUAAAUAUUAAAUAUUUUUUCAGGUCGACGAGUUGAAGAUGAAGUUGCAUGUGGAAGUCAAAUGGAAAGACUUGGUUGUGAUAAUGCUAUUUUUGGUUCGAAAAUGUAUUUCUGUACUUGUGGUGAUUUUCAAACUCAUAAUGGAAAUCGAGCAGCGUCUCAUUUUCAUAGAUGUGGAAAAACUAUCAAGGUAAAUAUUUUUGUUAGUAAUUUUUAUGCCAAAUUUUUUUCAAUGUCCAGACAGGAAUUCGUGAAAUUCAACACAAAAAUAUGAAAAUUGAUGAAUCACGCGAAGUCGAGGUUUUCAAGAUAGAUCCACCUUUUUCGAUCGCUGAAAAAUUGAGAAAAUUGAAAAGAAAAGCGAAAAAGAAGCAAAAUGGAAAUCGAUGACGAUUACAAAGAAGUUGAAAUUAUCAUUGAUAAAACCGAAAUCCCACCAGUCAGUGACUAUGGAUUACUGUAAGUUUUGAAUUGUUUAUUUAUUAUUAUUACUCAUAUUUAAAUUUCAAUAGAUUUAAUUUCAGUAAACUUCAAUUCCCAAACGGCAAAUUGAAUGAACUUGUUGAAAAAUUAUAUAAAGCCUAUCGAAACGAUUCGUAA